UUACACUUGGCACAAUGUAGUCAGGCAAGUACCAUUCUCCUAGCAACCACCAAACCCAGACAUGACCAUCAGAUUGCCAGACAAAGAAGUGGGAUUCGUCACUCCAGAGAACAUGUCUUCACUGCUCUAGAGCCCAGUGGCAGCUAUGCACUGACUCCACUCUGUCAUUUUACGUGGACUACCACUUUGUGGAGUUGCUGUUGUUCCCAGUUGCUUCCACUUUGUUAUAGAGAGGAAAUUUAAUGGAUGGACUUAUUGCACAGGUGGCAACCUAUCAUGGUACCACGCUUGAAUUCACUGAGCUCCUGAGAGCGAGCCAUUCUUUCACAAAUGUUUGUAGAAGCAGUCUGCAUG